GUUCAUGUUUCCCCCCUACUUAGGUAUGAUUUGCUAGAAAAUUACCUUCGCAGUCAACAGCACAUUAAGCAUUUUCGACCCAGACUUCUAGCUAUCUAUGAACAUUUUAGAGUAAAAGUAACACUAUUACUUCCUGCUCAUAGCAUAGGUCUUGGUGGUUAGCUUCAGAAGUAUCAAAAUCUAACAACAAGGCUCCAGUAGACUGGGUAGUCGUCUUCGUCCUACGUCCGCACGCAACAUGGACGAACCGCUCAUGCGGGAUAUGUUUCUCUACAACGGUGUAUCGGACAGAUCGCGUGGCUGGAAAACGAAGAAACCCGACAAGACUAUGGAAACGCGUGUAUCUCGCACUCCCAGCGUUAUGAGAUGGGAUGGCGCCUCCAUGUCAAGCAACGCCUGGGACAGCCUGAAAAGGGAUACUGAACUAUGGUACCGAAAUGGAAAUUGCUAUAUCCAUCUUUACGGUCAAGGACAGAGUCGUAGAGGUCCUGCUUUCAAAAUACCAUUCUCUGGACUUUUGGAAGCAGACUGCUAUCCUCUCAUCGACAGAUUUAUGGCUCGAGGCGUUCAAGACUCGACGGGUAAUCAAGAACGCGAUAAUGGCGAUCCUGCUAGGCAGAGUCGCAUUGAACUCUUCAUACCAGCACCCCCCCGAUCCGAUAAACAGCAGUCUUAUAGAUACCAUCUAGCCACCCGUAAUUUCAUCGCUUUCGUCUUUCGCAGAUCCGUUGUUGGGGAGAACUUAGGAACUGCUCUAAUCACUCUCAUGCAUAGUAUGCAUGAAUUCCGCACUGACACCGUGGAUAAUGUUCAGGAUAUGAUGAGUUAUCUGGAUGAGGAAGGAUACCUCAAUCUUCAGAGCAACCCAACGCACGCAUUAGCCAUUCUACGUCUAGCAGAAGCCUUCCAGCUGAAAGACCUCUACAUUAACGCAUUUGCGCACUGCUGCGGUAUGAGCGACCGAAUACUCGCUGUACCUGAAUAUCAGGUCAGUCUUGAUGGUUUUCACUUCUCGAAUGCUGCUAACACGAGCCAGUUGGUAUCUUCCGUGACUCGAAAGCUCAUCCGUUGCGGCCGGGUUGAGAUGAAUCUCAAGCUAGGGCAGAGCUCGAACAUGGUAGGAACAUUUCUCCAAUAUGAAUUAUCAGAGGCGCACCUAGGUCUAUAUCCUGGCGUCCGAGAACAUCUCGAACGGUUUCGAACUCUCCUGCGGGAGUUUUAUACUGCCAAAUUUGGGUCUUAUCCACCACCGUCUGUUGAUAUCCGCACAACAAUCUUCGAGAUAGAUAUCUUCCAGGAGAUGAGAGCUGACUUCGAGGCUCUGUUCCGAUACCUGGUGGAUGAGACAUUUGACAUUACGCAAAGUAGCCCAUUUUUAGCACGAGGGGGAAUCUGCACUUGGCAGAGCAUUCAAUCCUUUGACACGAGACAUGACUUCAAAACUCUCUUUAACCCGCUUCCUCGCCUCCCCAGUGUAACCCAGGAACGGACAAGGAAGCCAGCAUGGCUGGGUGGAUGGAUGGGGCGAGGUCAUAAGCAGCAAGAAGUCACGCACACAGCUUUAUUAAGAGCUGCCAAUCAUAGAGUCGAGCUUCUGCAUAACGGAUUGGUGAGAGUAUAUCGCCAAUUCGAAGGCGACUUAGUUCACUUAUCUAGAAAGGCGGAUAGAUCGGAAAACCUAGGGCCCAUGGAUAGUCGAAAAGUUCGCUGGAUCUUGAUAUAUGGGAUAUACCAAGCCCUCCGGCAAGCAACAGAAAUCCCACCCGAAGUUGGCGAUAGUGACGAUGCUCCUUAUCCUCUCUGCAUAUCUACUGCGGAUCUGCCGCCAUGGGACGAAGGUCAGCCGGCGCAUGGACUCAUACGGAGACAAACAGAGCAUAUCCUUAGAAGUACUUCGAUACCAGCCGGAGAUCGUAGCUCCACGAGAGAGCCAACCCCACACAACCAGAGCUUGGAGAUUAAGCCGGACAUUGACUACUUCGCCAUCACCCAUCGUGGAGACAACGCGAAGGAAGCCAAAGAAGAGCGUCCGAAGUUACGCCAAUCUACAAGCUGGAGAGGAAAUCUUAGCAGAAACAUAUCUCGAAGUCAGGCUCCUCACAGUUCACCAGCGAAACUUACCAAACCACGGCCCACUAAGAACGACCAGUCAACCAAAAAUACCCCAUAUCAUGAAAUUGUCAUCCAGGGUUACGGAAAUGGGACACGUGGGAUUGGUGGUUCGCCCGUAGAUGUGCCGUCACCCGCGGUACGUGCGACGGUCGAAGAAGAGGUCAUAUCUACAUCGCCGUCUCGAUAUUCUUACAACGCGGACUCCAGAAACUCCGAGGAGGGCAGUGUGGCGAGGACCUUGGAUACGUCGAUUUACGAGAGUCCGCUAGGGGGGCCGGUAUGUGUCGAGGACAGCCGCCGCACCAGCAGCACAUACUCGCACAAUGACUCGGCCUCUCGGCGAAGCGGGCCCAGCAGCUCCACGGGCACCCGGCCCAGGCGCGCGGAGGACAAAUCGCUCGACCCCGCGUGCGGGCUACUCCGGCGAUGGCCGAGGAGCGUCGAGGAGAGCGACCCGCGGAAGACGAAGGCAAAGGCCAAUGCCAAUGCCAAGACAAAGAUAGUGGAGCCGACGCCGCCCACCGACGUCCGCAAAGUCUACAGCGUCGCCUCGCACAUCGACAUGCCGACGCCCCGGACCCCGACCCCGUGGGACCAGGUCAAGUCCACGAUGGAGGUCAAGGCGACGAACUGGACCGCCAACGACGUGCACCCCGAGUGGGAGCAGUACACCGACCUCGGCGGCCUGACGGUGCUGAAGUCGGGCACGGCGUCCAAGCAAAAGGUUGCGCCGACGGUGCACUUUUAGAAAGAGAGGUUGGGGGAAAGGUUUGCAAGGACCCUUUUCGCGGCGGUUUUUUCUUUUUUUUCUUUUUUUUUAAACCCCUCCUCUCCCCCUAUGAUACCCGUUAGAUCAGAGGGGGGAUUUCGUUCCUUCAACCGGGCGUUUAGGCGGAUGGGUAGGUAGGUGGAGUUCUAGGUACGAGGCGGUCCAAAGGGUCCGCGAUACCGCGUUAUGGGAAUUUUUCUUCGUUAUAAGAGCAUAUGGAACUGGGGUUAAG